UGAUUCACUCCGGAAGUGCUUUUGUCAGUCAGGACCCAAACAAACAAGACGUAAAUACCAAAGUUCGUGUUUAAAUGACAUCAACUAGAUGCCUUAUUAGCCACAUACACUAGGUAUAAGAAAUAGGUGAUACCGGAAUUAUUCUGUUCCUAUAUUUUGGCUUAGCUAAUCUUAGCAUUAGCAAUAUUAGCAUGUUAGCAAUGUUAGCAUGUUAGCAAUGUUUAGCCGCCAUGGCCGCGUCUAUUCCUCCACUAAGUGCCGCUCCUGCAUUCAACCAAAAACAACGAAGGGCCGCCUCGAGGAAGGAAAGAAGAAAAAGGAAACGUCAAGCCAUCGCCCAAGCCAGACAAUGUGCUUUACAUAACGGAGCGACUGUUGAUCCUCCUGAUGAAGAAGAAGACGACGAAGAAGAAGAAGAAGAAGAAGAAGCCAGUAUUGUUGAGAAAGAAAGACAGCGGCUGCAUGAAGAGUGGCUGCAGCGUGAGCGUCUGGCACAGGAGGAGUUCAGGCUGAAGUCAGAGAGGAAGGACGCUGCCAGGAAACGCAAAGAAGACGAGGAGCGCUGCAUCAAGGAGGAAUGGGAGGCCCAGCAGAGGCAAGAAGAAGAAGAAAAGGAGCAGAAGCUGCAGGAGAAGCGAGGCAGAAAGGAGGCUGCUCAGAAAAUGUUGGAUGAAGCAGAACAUCAGCUAAACGCUGAAGCACCUUGGAUGAAUCCUGAAGCUCCAAAGUCUGAGAAGUCUGAACAUUUUGGCACAGAGCGAGACGCAGCCAACUGUCCUUUCUUCCUCAAAACUGGAGCUUGUCGAUUUGGGGACAGAUGUUCUCGGAAGCACAUCAGUCCCACCAGCAGCCCCACUCUGAUGAUCCGCAAUAUGUUCCUGACCUUUGGCAUGGAGCAGUCUCGACGUGACGACUACGAUGGAGACGCUUGUCUGGAACACAGCGAAGAAGAUCUGCAGGAAUCUUUCACCGAGUUCUACCACGACGUUCUACCAGAGUUUAGGAGCGUUGGCAAGGUGGUGCAGUUUAAGGUGAGCUGCAACUAUGAACCUCACCUGCGAGGGAACGUGUACGUGCAGUUUGACACUGAGCAGCAGUGCAGAGACGCUCUCAUCAAGUUCAACGGGAGGUUCUACGCCGGCAAGCAGCUUCACUGUCAGAUCUGUCCUGUCACUCGCUGGAAGAACGCCAUUUGUGGACUCUUUGACAGGAACAGAUGUCCCAAAGGCAAACAUUGUAACUUCCUGCACGUCUUCAGAAACCCUGCCAAUGAGUUCUGGGAGGCGGACCGGGACCUGAACCUGUCACCUGACCACAGCGUCAGAGGAAGCCACUCGGAGCGCACCUGGCGACACCGUCAGCGCAGCUCCAGUCCUCCCAGGUCCCUGAGGUCUCACAGGAGGACUUGGCACAGGAGGGACACGGAGCGCAGCGCCAGGAGCAGAAGCCCAGACAUCAGGAGCAGAAGCCCAGACACCAGGAGCAGAAGCAGAGACAUCAGGAGCAGAAGCCCAGACAUCAGGAGCAGAAGCAGAGACACCAGGAGCAGAAGCCCAAACACCAGGAGCAGAAGCCCAGACAUCAGGAGCAGAAGCCCAGACACCAGGAGCAGAAGCCCAGACAUCAGGAGCAGAAGCCCAGACAUCAGGAGCAGAAGCCCAGACACCAGGAGCAGAAGCCCAAACACCAGGAGCAGAAGCAGAGACACCAGGAGCAGGGAGAAGGACUCAAAGAAGCAGGUGAGGAACAACGGCAAAGAUGAGAAUGGAGACAGAAGACACAGCUGGAGCCGAGAUGCAGAAAGAAGCAAAGAACGGAGAGAGAAGAAAGUCGGUCUCAGCCCGGAGAGGAAGGAAGGAAAACAAGGUCGCCGUCACAAACACUCCAAGAAGAGCAAGAAGAAGAGCAAGAAGAGGAGCAAGAAGAGAAGUUCCUCUGCUGAAGACAGGUCUUCUUCCUCUGGACACUCGCAUGGAGACCAAGAAGAUCUUCUGGAGGACAACAGGAGUGAUGAGCAGGAAGUUUGUGCAGGAGAAAGUCACAAAGCUUUAAUGGAAGGAGAGCAAAGCAAGAAGGAAGAUGCUGGAGAGAAGUGACUCUCUACUAGUCAGGUCAGAGGUCACCUUUCUUCUUAUUCUCGACUACAAACUUCUUAUCCGUCAGGUCAGAGGUCGCCUUUCUUCUUAUUCUCUACUAGAAACUUCUUAUCCAUCAGGACAGAGGUCACAUGUUCCUUCUUAUUUCAUUACAAUAAAUAUCUGAGUCAGGUCAGAGGUCACAUGUUCCUUCUUAUUUCAUUACAAUAAAUAUCUGAGUCAGGUCAGAGGUCACAUGUUCCUCCUUAUUUCAUUACAAUAAAUAUCUGAGUCAGGUCAGAGGUCACAUGUUCCUUCUUAUUUCAUUACAAUGAAUAUCUGAGUCAGGUCAGAGGUCACAUGUUCCUUCUUAUUUCAUUACAAUAAAUAUCUGAGUCAGGUCAGAGGUCA